AUCAAUUCUAUAACCCAACUAUUGCACUCGAUAACAGAGCUGAGCAACUUACGCUACUUAGUAUUGCGACAAUACAUCACAUCACAUCACAAAUUGUUUUUUAUGAUUUGCCUAGGUGCAGAAACAAGUAUUGUAGCUGCAUUAUACUCGAACAUUAGAACAAAUGGCGGCCCAAUUAAGUGUGGAGAACCUCAAUGAGAAAUUAGUUUGUGCAGUUUGCCAGAAUACUCUCAAGAAUCCGAAACUUCUUGCAUGCUUUCAUGCAUUCUGUGAGGAGUGUUUGAAACAGGGUGAUCAAAUAGAAGUGUGUUCAGGUGAGCUGCAAUGCCCAGAAUGUAGCAAGGUGACGGAUCUUCCAGAAGAGGGCGUGGCAGGACUCGAUUGGAAUCCACUGGUUUGCAGGCUAGUCGAAGUGCUUCAGGCAAAGAAGAAGGCGAGCCACAUCAUGUGUGAUGCAUGCGGAGACAGCGAGUCACCUUUGACAACCUACUGCCGAGACUGUUUAAGUUUCAUCUGCGACGCAUGUGCUUCUUACCAUGGAAAAAUGAAACUCUUGUUAAAGGACCACCAUACAGUUCCCCUGGACAAGAUUAUCAAUGGGACUAUCCAAAUCAAGUGGAUGGAAGAGGGCUUGUGGAGAAAGGCACACGAAUGUGGAGAUCAUAUCGGUGAGCUGCGGAGAUUCUACUGCAGAACCUGCAAGAAACGUAUCUGCAGGGAUUGUAUCGUUCUCGACCAUACCAAACCUGACCAUGACUGCACCACAGUGCAGAAGAUGUUUCAAGAAACACAGGAGAAGUUAAAAGAUCGUUUGAAAAGCUGCAACGAAAAGGAGGAACAUGUGAGCACCAUGUUAAACGAUGUGGACGUACGAGAAACAGAAGCAAACCGGGAGUUUCAUAUGAUGAAACAAAGUAUUCGGGACCUCAAAUCAACGGCUAUUGCAAAUAUGAACAAAACAGAGCAAGAACUUUUGCAGAAGGUUGAAGUAUUGGAGGAAAAGCUAAACAACAAAAUACAAGCUUUCAGAGACAACAUGAAAACAACAAAAGAAAAUCUCACAAAGGCGCAAUCAAAGGCUAAAGAGGUUGUUUCGGCAAAAGAGGUUACUGACAUCUCUAGAGGUCCCUUCUUACCUGAAGAUAUUCUAAAAGAACUGGAAGAAUUGAUCGCGUCAGAUGUCACUAUGACAAUUUCUAGGGAUCUCAUGACUCUGAAAUCUACCAUGAUAGAGGGGUCGAAGUUGCCAGAGCAAAUGGUGCGCUUUGCUAAGCUGACAUUGCCGCAUAUUUGGCGAGAGACUCAGAUGUUUCCAAUUCCUGAUGAAGACAUUGUGAACAUUUUCUGCGAUGAAAACUCGAUGUACGUUGCUUGCAAAAAGGGGAUUUACAAGAAACUGUUGUCUAACAAUGCCAACCCGUCCACUUGGAUGAAGCUUCAUCAUAAUGCAUGCAUCAAACAAGUGGUAGAUAUGGCCAUAUCAAUGAAGGACCAAACCUUCUCUUUCAUUGCUGAAACCGAGGCAGCUUGUACGCAACUCUUCAGGUUGAAACUGGAUGAUUUUCCAACAUAUCAAGGACACGCCGCCCCCUCGUCGUCCGUUCCAACGGUCGCACCGUGUCCUCUGAACGCCAGUGCAAGAAUCACUGUUGAUUCCCGGUCCCGCAUCAUUGUUGCCGAUUACAAUCCUAGUAAAACUACGGAUCCAGCUCCAGCAUCAUUUGGCUCUAAACCUGGUCAACCUAAUGCAGCUAUGCCAUCAUUUCGAGGAUCGUUUGGCUUAACAUUUGGUCAGCCUAGUGCAGCUCCGCUUUGCUUUAAACCUCCUCAAGCUAGUGCAACUACGGCAUCAGUUCCAGGAUUAUUUGGCUCUCUACCACGUCAAUCUAGUGCAGCUAUGGCACCAGUUCCAGGAUCAUUUGGCCUAACAUUUGGUCAGCCUAGUGCAGCUCCGCUUUGCUUUAAACCUCCUCAAGCUAGUGCAACUACGGCAUCAGUUCCAGGAUCAUUUGGCUCUCAACCACGUCAAUCUAGUGCAGCUAUGGCACCAGUUCCAGGAUCAUUUGGCCUAACAUUUGGUCAGCCUAGUGCAGCUCCGCUUUGCUUUAAACCUCCUCAAGCUAGUGCAACUACGGCAUCAGUUCCAGGAUCAUUUGGCUCUCAACCACGUCAAUCUAGUGCAGCUAUGGUAUCAGUUCUAGGAUCUUUUGGCUCUAAACCACGUCAAUCUAGUACAGCUAUGGCACCAGUUCCAGGAUCAUUUGGCUCUAAACCACGUCAAUCUAAUGCAGCUAUGGCACCAGUUCCAGGAUCAUUUGGCUCUAAACCACGUCAAUCUAGUGCAACUACGGCAUCAGUUCCAGGAUCAUUUGGCUCUAAACCACGUCAAUCUAGUGCAGCUACGGCACCAGUUCCAGGAUCAUUUGGCUUUACAUUUGGUCAGCCUAGUGUAGCUUCGCUUUGCUUUAAACCUCCUCAAGCUAGUGCAACUACGGAACCAACUCCAGCAUCAUUUGGCUUUAAACCUGAUCAAAUUCCUAAGAGACCACCACCUGGCAGAUUCUCUUUCGAUAUGAUGCUACCUCAGCAACAGAAGGUCACAAGUAUCUGCAGCUCCCAGACAGCGUCUGCAGGCACUGGCAAUGCAGAAAACAAACCUUCAUCAACGGCUUCAAAUGGAAAAGAAGGAAAACCAGAAUUGGGGUUACCUAUAACAAGAAUGUCUACGACAAUCUACAGGGGUAAGCCUGGGAAAAUAUCGUCUCCUAGCAUGCAAUGUGGCAGCGUAUUGGGCCUAGGGUCAUCUCAGUUAUCUUUAGAUAAUUUCGAGGUUCCACUUGAUAGGAUUCGAAGUCUUGCAGCCGCCAAGUCAGGUCAGUUGGUGUUCCUCCGCUGGGAUAAGAAAGCCGUCAUCAUCACUGACAAAUACGGUAGAAUCCAGCAUGAAAUUAAGGAACCUGGCAGGAUGUAUUUGUCCAUCUCCUGCACAGAGAGUGACGCCCUCUACGUUCUGUCCGCCUUCUGGGGCAGCCACAUCGUCACGCUCACCAAGCAUUCAUUGCAAGAUGGUGGUCUUCUCGAGCACAUCAUCGACGAACUCGACGUUUCAGCAAACUUUCAGUCAGACGAGUGGCCAGUCAUUGGUAACAAUGGAAACGACCUUGUGGUCAUCAAUGUAGGUGAUGAGAUUCGUGUCUAUGCGGCAGAAGAAUGGGAUUAGGUGACCAUAGCGUUGAGGAGGAUGGAAUCAGUGAUGAGAGUAAUAUCUAACCAAUGUGAUGCUCUAAACACAUGUCCUGUAACACGAAACAACUAAGAGUUUUUUAUAUUAUAUUAAUUCAGAGAGUAAGAAAACGUAGUACAUGAUGUACAUUAGAUUAGCACUUAUAUCUAAAAGACGAAAUCAAAUCCAAAUGUUGACAUUUAGUCACAAUCGGUCCGUCUCUUUGUGUGUAGAGUAACUAAUACAAGACACUUGGCAGGGAAAGGGAGCGAGGGAGAUAUAAUCAGAUUUCUUUUGGACUGGGGUGUUUGACUGAAACCUUCAAACACAUACCCAUGUUUAAGGGCCUUUUGGCUGGGAAAUGUGAAAGUAUUUCAUUUUAAAAAAAAAUCAUGGUGAUCCAUGUAAAAGGCCAAUAUUUUAAAGUGGGUGCUAUUAUAAGGGAUUUUCCAAAACACUAUAUCAUACCCCGUGUUAGGGUUUUUCUUCGCAAACAAAUUU